GGUGGCCCUCAUGCGCGAAUUGUAUGUGAGAUAGCCUUGGCCCAAAGCACCAAUGUUUGGAAUUUAAAAUGUGAAAAUUGGAUGAGUGAACAAUAUGUUAGGUGUGUAUUUGGUAUAAAGAUACAUAGUGUAAGGCAUCUUGGAAGGCAAGUCCAUCGGUCAAUGACGGCUCGGUUAUGGACACGUGUAAGACCGCCACCACCAGCGGUGAGUGUAGCAGUACCGGGAUUACUUGGAGUAUUUUCCCAAACGUGGGACUUCGGUACUUUGGAAUAUAAUAGUGAUCAAGCUACCGCUUGCACUGCCGUGAACAAUCCUCUCUAUCAAGUUAGUACCCCAGUCGCGGACGUUUUCUGGAAUCCGCCAUUAACCGCUGCCGGCGUUCCGAAUGAAGUUGGGUAUAUUGUAGCAGUCCCCGGUACACUCACUGCUAAUAAUUUUGUUAUUGAUUUAUACAACAUUCAACAACUGAUUAUGAAAUGGACCUGA